AUGGUUUCUGACAUUAUAAACAAAUGCGCCUUAUGUUCCGAUACAAACAACAGCAAUGAUUCACUUUGCGAUCAAUGCAAUACAUUAACACGUAACCAAUUUUUUCGACUGUGUUUAAAUAAACUUAACCAAGCAAAAGGUCAAACCAGUCUUAUCAAAGACGUAUGUCAGACAUUGUUACCAUCGUUCGACAAAUUUAAUCUCGAUUUUCAACCUCUACAGUACUUUAUCAAUGAUGUGCAUGUUCUCGAUACCGAUGCACAGCAAUAUCUUCUCUACUGUCAUGACAAUGAUGACGAACGAGGCCCACUACUAUUUUCACACGUUCGUCACAGAUUACUGUGUGUAUAUGUAACCGGGAAUGGUAACUGUUUCUACAACGCAGUAGCGUUAAUAGCUGGAAAACAUCAUGAUUUCGUUUACGAACUGCGCGUCCACUGUCUAAUAGAACUAGCUGUUAACGCUGAAUUCUAUAUGACACAUUACAAUUGGUUACAGUUACGAGACAAAGAAGAUACGUCGUUAUUGAACUAUUUGGCCAAUGAGAUGAUCAAUGAUAAAUGCUGGGCUGACGCAUGGGAUAUUUUUGCAUUAUCAGCUGUAUUAAACUGUAACUUGAGAAUAGUAUUUCCAUUUGUUAAUGGCGAGAACGAUCCACAAGCUACUUUGAUGAACAGAGUCUUCUACCCACGUUCAUUAAACGACACUCCGACAAAUGAUACAAUCAGACUACUUUGGAGUAAUUGUACUCUACGAGUUGAAGAUUUAGAAGACACGUUUUGGACACCAAAUCACUUUGUACCAAUUCUUCAAUCAGUUUCGAAUAUUGCAACAACCUCAACCAUGUUUUUAAGUAGAAAAAGUAGUUUAGCUGAUGAAACAGAAGAAAUGGAAGCUGACAGUGAGAAAGGUGUUGAUUCAGACAUUGAAGAUAUAUCAGCACAAAUUGACACACGUACUGAAGAUUCCUUCGACGAGAUUAAUAUCAUGUUACCAAAAGUCACUAAACUGCUAAAGAAGACUAAAGUAGCAAAGUGCAAAGAUGCUGCUAAAGCAACAAAGUCUUAUUUGUCGACAACAACAGCAUCGUGUCAUCUUCGACGUUCGAAGCGAAAUAUAGGAAUAACAGUUAAUUACAGUGAGAAUACUAUGCUGUCAGAUGUUGCAGAGGAACAGAAAGUUCCAGAUUCAAGUGUAAAAACCCGUUCGGCGCUAUUAAAACAUGAAUCAGACACGGGGCAUUCGAUCGAUUGGACAUCUUGGAGAAUUCUAGCCAAAGACAGUUCAAGCUACCAUUUAUUAAUACGGGAAUCUUUGGCAAUAUUAGACAAACAACCAGAACUAACUCGAACGGUAUGCAGUGUGUAUUAG